UUUAGAAUACGUUUACUAUGGAAGGCCCAGCUCUCAAUCUGAAUGUGGAAAUUGUUAGAGUUGCACCGUCUCACGACCGUUUAUGCAAGUCUGCUAAUUUAUAAACCUAUAAAAACCCCUCCAAUGCAUGAGGGUUUUGCACACCAUACCCAAAACCAAAACCAUUUCCUUACAAUGGCAUCAUCCAAAACUUCAACUCCUUCUCUCUUCGCAAUCACUACCCUACUCCUCUUCAUCCUCCUUUCUCUCCUCUCCUACGCAAAAGCCUCAGAAACUCACCACAAAAAAACAUCUUCUUAUGAGUUCCUUGAACAUCUCAAAGGGUGUCACAAGGGUGACAAAGUUCAAGGCAUCCAAGACCUCAAAAAAUACCUUGAAAAGUUUGGUUACUUGAAUGGCAAUACCAACAAUGAUGACCACUUUGAUGACGAACUGGAGUCGGCCAUCAAAACUUACCAAAUCAAUUACCACCUCAAGGUCACUGGAACAUUAGAUGCGAAAACCGUAAAAAAAAUGGAGAUGCCUCGAUGUGGUGUGCCGGAUAUCAUCAACGGUACCACCUCCAUGAGAACAGGAAAGAAAAGGGGAGGACAUGGUUCAACUCACACAGUUGGUCAUUACGCUUUCUUCCAAGGAAACCCAAAAUGGCCUGCCAAUAAGUAUCACCUCACCUAUGGUUUUCUUCAAGGCACCCAAUCUGAGGCUGUGGGCGCAGUUGCACGUGCUUUUGCAACAUGGCAGAGCAACACACACUUCACGUUCAGCCAAGCCCAAAGCUUUGAGAGCGCUGAUCUGAAGAUCGGUUUUGGGAGGGGUGAUCAUGGAGAUGGGGCUAAUAAUGCAUUUGAUGGCCCAGGUAAGACCAUAGCCCAUGCUUUUCGGCCGACUAAUGGGAGAUUUCACUACGAUGCUGAUGAGACGUGGGUGGUGGGCGCUGUGCCGGGUGGUUUCGACUUGGAGACUGUGGCUUUGCACGAAAUUGGACACCUUCUUGGACUUGACCAUAGCUCUGUUCCAGGAGCUGUCAUGCAAUCUCAAAUUCCUCCGGGAUAUACCCAAAGUUUGCAUGCGGAUGAUGUUCAAGGAAUUAGAGCUUUAUACAACACUUGAUCUUUAUGAUGAUCAGGUCAUCAAGAAUGUUUUUAUGUUUAUCAAAUAAGGUACCUCACCUGGAGUGGAGUGUGCGAUACAAUAUAUUGCAUUAAAGUUGCAGCACAUUUAUGCUGGAUAUUCAAUUGUUUGAAGCUCGUAAAUUGUGAUAUUCACCCCAUUUGGAAUUUUUAAUAUUAAUUUUCGCAGUUUAUUUAUAGCAUAAUUAAUUUUUCAUUUUCUUGUUAGAAAUUUCUUUGGGACGUAGAAAAUUUGAUUCUCCUCGCGUAUAAAUCUUAAUUAGAGAACCUUCAGAGGUUGUACUUUCAAGUCAUAAACGAUUAGUAAUUACUAAAAAAAAAAAAAAAAGUGAAACAGGGGUCAAUUCGAUUUA